AUGAACCAGAUCAGUUUCCGACGAUAUGCCAGUAAGGCCAGCAUCUCACUUAUUCAAGACACACAUGAAUAUCUCCGUCAUUGUCGACUUCACGGAUUAAGCACAGUCUCAACUGUAUUUCAAGGCACUUUAUACGAAUUGUACGUCAAGCAGUUUUUAACACGACAUUUGAAUGCUAAAGGCUUGAUCAAAUGCGGGGGUGCUUACGAUAACGGAGUCGAUUUGAUGGGUAAAUGGGAUUUGAUGCCAUAUUAUAAAGUUUCAGAAGCUUUGGGAACCAUAUCACGAGCAAACGAGUGUUCCUUGAUCCAUUCCCAGGGCUUUCAAAAUACCCCAUUAGAAACAAAGCUAUCGCUAAAGAAUGAUAUCAACCUUCUUGUGCAGUGUAAAAACUACAGAAAAAAACUUAGUGCAUCAACAGUACGACAACUUGCCGGUAUAUUGGAGUAUCAUCAACUGAGCCUGCUUUCCAAAGCAUCUACAUUUAUGUUUAUAGUAAGCCCGCACGGGAUCACUGAGCAGGCUACUACAGUGCUUGAUAAAUUGCUGUACCCAUUGGCUAGUAUUGGAAUUGCUCCAUUACGCAAUACUGGAAAUAGCGAACAACUGUAUGAUUACGAUUCAUGGUGUGGCGGAGAGUUGAAUUCGAUUUACUUGAACCAGAUGGCGAGACAAGUCUUGAGUGGGUUUUGUAUGGAACAACAAUUGAGUCUUCUUGUUGCUUCGGGAUUGGGGAAGAGACAUUGA